AUGAUUGAUGCCUAUGCACUGAAUUCCCCCACAGCGCAUCGGCAUCUGCAUCCCCUCUUCACCCCCUGCACCCCCACCCCUCCCCAGCCUAUGCGCCCAAGAGUCUAUUUACUCACCUGCUUGUUUGCCGAGAGCGACAGCACCCACCCCAUGCACCACCCCCCACCCAGACCCCCUUCUCCUCCCCCCUCCGCUUUCUCCACCUCAAGCCUGUUUUCUCCGUGUAAAGUGAUUCUCCAGGUGGAUGGUGGCCAUUUAGAGGCUGCGGACUGGCAGUUGGCUGGCACACAGACCCCUCCAGCUGGGACGUCCCCAGAGGUUCUGAGCCUCACUGACUGA